AUGAACGAAUCAAAGAGUAAACCUAGAAUUACUUUGCGUAUGAACCGCUUGGAUGACGACCCAUGGGUACCACCGAUCAAACACCGUAGAAGAUUCUCAGCUGAAGAAGCUCGCAUCUUAGAAUCGGAGUACGAUAAAAAUUCAAGCCCUACACAGGAAAGGAUACAACAGAUUGCUAGCAGUAUCAACACGCCAAGAAAGAUCAUCACAACUUGGUUUCAGAAUCGAAGGGCGAAGCAUAAGAGAAGACAGAGAGCCAAGAGAGGGAGUAUGAGUCCUGCAGAAGGCGAUGUAAAAGUUGUCAGUAGCGGUGCGACUGAUUCAGCAGUCGAAAACUGUACUCCUUUUGAUAAAGAUCUCAUGCUUACUAUAACAAUGGAUCAAGGUAAUCAUGCAGUGAGCUUUAAAAACUCGGACAAUAUGAAAUCUGUUACUAGCUAUAACAGAACAGAGGGCUCGUUUUUAGAUGACUUUCAUAGUUUGAAUGCUAUCACUGGUCUAUACCCGCCUUACUAUCCUCAACUUUUAAACCCUUACCCUACGUUUAAUAUCCCUUAUCCGGAAGAGAUGGCUCAUCGCAGCACAGUGAAUGAGUAUACUACUUCAUACAUGUCAACUCCUUACCUCACGACUUAUCUGCUUGCCGCAUCCCCACGGCCGUCUUCUUUUUUACUAUACAAUACCAAUCCGACAAAACGACAAUUGGAUAUUGUCGAACCAUUUCAGUCACUUAUGGACACCCAUAAAGCAAAACAAAUGCAGGCUUUUCCAUAUAAUGAUAUGGAUGACCAUGGUCAAUGCUUAUACGCACCUCUAUCUUCAAAAGCAUUAGAUUGCAUCGACACUAUAUCGCGCUCUCAAAUGUGUUCAAAGCCUAGUGAUUUAUUAAUCGAAUACUUCCAAGGAGAAAAGGAAGAGUGUUACGGGAACCAGCUAUCAUCUCUGACAACUGAAGAGCACACCUUAAAUUCAGAAGUUAAUCCUUCCAGUGGCAAAAACAAUAGUGAGGGUAUGUUACUGUUAGAGUCAUUACACAUGACCUUGAAUUUUUAA